UGCCGGGAGCUGAGAUUGCCGCGCUGUCUCUCAGAGUGGUGGGGGAGGUUCCGCUCGCCUCGCCUUUGCCCGUGCCCAGCCCUACGCGGGGUGAGCCGCCGCAGCCGCCGCUUCUUUGUGGCUGCGGCUCCCUGCCUCACCGCCGCGGGAAUACUACCUACGCCUCGGCUGCCCGGGAGGUCACUGCAGCUGUAGUGUAGCCGAGGGAGGUUCGCCCCGGCGCAGCGGUAGCUAUGGGGCUGCAGCCCCUGGAGUUCAGCGAUUGCUACCUGGACAGUCCCUGGUUCAGGGAGCGGGUGAGAGCCCAUGAGGCCGAGCUGGAGAAGACCAAUAAGUUUAUCAAGGAGUUGCUUAAGGAUGGGAAAAACCUAAUCGCCGCGACCAAAAACCUUUCAUCAGCCCAGAGAAAAUUUGCCCAUUCUCUGAGAGACUUUAAAUUUGAAUUCAUUGGGGAUGCAGAGACAGAUGAUGAAAGAUACAUAGAUGCAUCACUUCAUGAAUUUUCAAACUUUUUAAAAAAUCUGGAAGAACAAAGAGAAAUUUUGGCACUCAGUGUUACUGAAACUCUGAUCAAACCUUUGGAAAGAUUUAGGAAAGAGCAGCUAGGAGCUGUAAAGGAGGAAAAGAAGAAGUAUGAUAAAGAGACAGAGAAGAAUUACAGUUUGUUAGAAAAGCAUUUGAAUUUAUCAGCUAAGAAGAAAGAGCUACAACUACAAGAGGCAGAUAACCAAGUGGAGCAGAACAGAAAACACUUCUAUGAGUUGUCCCUCGAGUAUGUAUGCAAGUUGCAAGAGAUACAGGAGCGGAAGAAAUUUGAGUGUGUGGAACCUGUGCUAUCAUUUUUUCAGGGUUUGUUCACUUUUUAUCAUCAAGGAUACGAACUGGCCAAAGACUUCAAUCAUUACAAAAUGGCCCUGCAGAUAAAUAUACAAAAUACACGAAAUCGUUUUGAAGGAACAAGGUCAGAGGUAGAGGAUCUCAUGAACAAAAUCAGAAGAAAUCCUCAGGAACAUAAAAGAGCAAAUCACUUCACGAUGGAAGGUUAUCUCUAUGUACAGGAAAAAAGGCCUGCUCCCUUUGGUUCUAGCUGGGUGAAGCAUUAUUGCACAUAUAGGAAAGAGACAAAGAAGUUCACCAUGAUCCCAUUUGAACACAGAUCAGGAGGAAAAGUUGGAGAUGAGGAACUUUUUGUCCUUAUGUACUGUACCAAAAGAAAUACAGAUACUAUAGACCGGCGAUUCUGUUUUGACUUAGAAGCUUCAGACAGGCCUGGAGUUCCUGUCACCAUGCAGGCAUUUUCUGAAGAAGAUAGGAAGCAGUGGAUGGAAGCCUUGGAUGGAAAAGAAGCUCUGUUCAUCAAUUUGAAUAGAGCAAAUGCAAAACGAGAGGGAAGUGCACAAUUGGAUAAGAUAGGUUUCACUGUCAUCAAGAAGUGCAUCAGUGCUAUUGAAACACGAGGUAUAAAUGACCAAGGAUUGUACAGAGUUGUGGGGGUGAGUUCAAAGGUCCAGAGACUUCUGAGUUUGUUGAUGGAUGCAAAAACCUGCAAUGAAGUUGAUCUGGAAAACUCUGUAGAUUGGGAAGUGAAGACAAUUACUAGUGCUAUGAAGCAGUAUCUGCGGAGCCUUCCAGAACCACUGAUGACAUAUGAGUUGCAUGGAGAAUUCAUCGUUCCUGCCAAAAGUGGGAGUCCUGAAUCUCGAGUUAAUGCGAUUCACUUCUUGGUUCAUAAACUCCCAGAAAAGAACAAAGAGAUGCUGGAAAUUUUGAUGAAACAUUUAGCAAAUGUUUCAAAGCAUGCCAAGAAGAAUCUAAUGACUGUGGCAAAUCUAGGGGUGGUAUUUGGACCAACCUUAAUGAGGCCACAGGAAGAAACUGUAGCUGCCAUCAUGGACCUAAAGUUUCAGAAUAUCGUCGUCGAAAUCCUGAUAGAAAAUCACGAAAAAAUUUUCAAAACCCUGCCUGAUGGGACUUUCCCUGAGCCAAUCUCUAUGUCGAUAUCUCCUCCAAAUGCCCCACCAAGGCAAUCAAGAAGACAAGGGCAACGUAUUAAGAGGCCUCUGGCUGUUUACAAUCUCUGUCUUGAGCUGGAUGAUGCUGACAGUCAUAGCUCUCCCAGAGAAGACACCCCAACUGGGAGUAUGGAUUCUCUUUCUUCCCACUCUCCAACUCCUGCCUUCUCUAGUAGCCCACCUGGGCUCCUGGACGGAAAUCACCUUAUUAUGGACAGUGGCGAUCUUGCAGGGUGGACAACAAAUCUUCCUGGUCAAAGUCGCCCAUCAAUGGUCUCAUGGAUGAAUACUCCAUCUGCUAACCCAGCUGCCACAAAUACCGCACCAUCCGCUUUCUUCUUCCCGAACCCUACCACUGGGAGUGACGGAGCAGUGGAAAGCAUUGCCCACCGAAAAGCAAGAGCAGUUUAUCCAUGUGAAGCAGAACAUAGCUCUGAAUUAUCAUUUCAGAUAGGAGCAAUUUUUGAAGAUGUGCAAUUUUCCAGAGAACCAGGAUGGCUAGAAGGCACACUAAAUGGCAAGAGAGGACUUAUUCCACAAAAUUACGUUCAGUUUCUAUAGCUUUGCGCAUUUGAAGGCCAAGAAGGUGUACAUGGUAUCCAUGGAUUUUUGUUAUAGUCACUUCUCUCUACUUCUGUGACUGCUUUUAAUCAACGAAGAGCCUGACUAUGGGUUGAAGAUCCUAAUCUGUACAGAGACGUGAAGCAUUGCCAAAUAUGAACUGCAAAAAAAGAUUCUUUACGGGCUGGAAUGGGUGGGGAGACAAGAUAAGGGGGAUGGAGGGAAAGGUUAAUGUCUUAAUAGGGUGCUUUUCUCAAUUAUAAAGAGCAGUAGUGGCAUGUUUGCAAGAUAACUAGCAUUUUAAGUAAAAUAUUUGGUUGAUCUGUGACUUGAAGAAGAUCUUUAUGAACUUACGUGUCCUGAAGAUUAUGCAUCGAUAACCAGCAUUUUUAACACAAUAUUACUGGGGUUUGGAAAAUACACGACAGAAAAGCUGUCAUGCUGACAAUUAAAUUAUAUUUCAAAGUGGAGUAGACAGUAGGGAACGGACACCAGCAGGUAAAAUAAUAGGUAACAAGACAUGACAUUUUUCAAGUGUCUUCAAAGAACAUAUUAAUUUGUUGCGUGUAUGAUUUCAUUUAUUUUAUAAAGGUGAGACACAUGAACUUUUAUUACAGGUUCCUACAUGUCAUGGUUCCUUUGCUACACAAAAAUAUCACUGUAAAUGCAAUAAAAUGUUAUUUGCUGUUUGACCUAAGUCAUUCCUAUGUUGGAGAAUAUUUUGUGCUGGUUCUGUAAAUUUUGACAUGAAAUAACUCUUGGCAGCUGUAUGCAGUCAGCCUCAAGCAGACUCCAAAAUGGAUGAGGAACUUCCCUCACUUUAGUUAAGCAACUUUGCCGGCUCAAGCCAAAAGGAAAAGAGAAUCUCUGGCUAUGAUCCUUAUGCAUCCUGGAGGCAUCUCACAUUUUAUCAGUUGUCUGUCUAGCUCCUUCUUGAGCUUCCCUUUCUUUUUCCCUGUAACUGCCAAUUGUAAGGUCUUAACGUGAUACUUCAUUGUAUCAGAAUCCUCAAGUAGCUGCCUCUUAAUUUGUUAAACUGUUUUGAGUAGUGAGAGAGUUAGUUAUCUGUGGUCAUAGAAAAAGCUUCCAGAAAUCUUGUGGUGUAUAAACCUGUGCCUUGUGAUUAAAGAAGAAAACAGUUAGGUAUUAUUUUUCUCUUCUUCAAGUUGGACCCUCUGGGAGGCAGUGCAGAGGAUGCAGGAAAAUAUGACGGGAUAACGUGCUAAUACAGGCUCGCUUAUUUGUUAAAUUCGCCUCUGUGGAUUUUGAGUCACUUACUGCAGAUAUACUUAGCUGGCAAGUUUUUCUAACUAAUGUGAUUAGUAAACCAGUUAAUGGUUAAUGCUGCCUUAAGGCUGGGAUGACUUUUUUCCCCUUAAGAUUUAACUCCAUACCAUUAUUUUGUUCCUUUGCCCAGACUGCACAGACCAUUGGAGUAUGCACAAAUCAUUUCCAGAUGGAGAAGUGGUGGGCCAAGUCAGUACAGCUCUCCAGCACUAAACAUCAUCGUUUGGAGCAGUUUCCUUGGGUGUAUUCUCAUGGUAUUUGAGCAGUGACUCUCCGCCAUACAGCUUUUAGGCAGUUCUUGUCUUGGCACAGUGGCUAAGUGACCCAAGCACUUCAGAUGACUU